AUGUGGGAGAAAGACACGAACGACCAACAAGCCGUUGAAACCGGUGCCGAUGAUGCUGUCGUACCCGUCGUAAACCAAGCGUUGGGAGCCAGAAGAAAAAGGAUGGGCUACACACUCUUUGGAUUUGAUUUGACCAAUGACCACGGAGCUGAUCAAGCCAAUUUUCAUCCCAAGUCGUCAGGAAGUUUGUCUUUGGAAUCGAAAAUACUCCACAAAAUCCACUCGAUUUGCUAUUAUUUGCCGAAUACGAUAAUGUCUUGGAAAUGGAUGUCAACUGCCAAGUUCUGGUGGAUUGGUAAACCUCUGUAUACUUCACAGUUGGAGGAAGGAUUGGCCUGCCACAUCCCUGAACAAUUUGCAGGCGUGUUAGCCAGAAAUCAAUUACAAACCUUACAGCCAACACGCUAUCCCUCAGCGUACGUUGUGAAUACCGACGACGCAGGCCAGCCUGGAAAACAUUGGACAGUUUUUGUAUGCGAAAAAGACCAUUGUGAUUUCUUCGACUCGUUUGGAUGUUCCCCAGAAGUGUAUGGCCAAGAUUUUGCCGACUUUGCGCGGCGUCAAGGACCCUUACGUCACAAUACCCGGAGGAUUCAAGGAAAUCAAAGUGCUGUCUGCGGGCAUUAUUGUUUCUUUUACUUGUGUCAUAAAUUCCACGUACCGUCACCCCAUGCUUUAUCGGUGUUCCAAUCUAAUCUGACCGAAAACGAUCGUUUAGUCCAUGCUUGGGCCCAUCACCAUUUUCCUUAUUUGUCUUUUGAAGAUUGCGAAACAUGUUUAGACAAUAUGUCUAACUACUACUACUUUCCCAAAAUGACGACAAAAUGA